AUGACAGAGAUGCUUCUACACUGGGUGCAGGCCAUCUACAGAAUCUGCUACUUUCUCCUCUCCACCACAUGGAUACUUUGCACAUUGGCUUUUGAGGUCUGUGCCUUCUCAAAUGCUGCCUGUAACCUACCCAGUGACAAUGUUCAUGGCUACCUAAGCCAUCCAGGAGACGUUAUCAUAGGAGGGACCUUUCCCAUUCAUGUGGACAGACUCCAUUACAACCUUGACUUCACUAAGAAACCCCAGGAACUUCCGUGUCAGAUGUUUGGUAUUGAGUUCUACCAAAGCAUGCAGGCUCUAAUAUUUGCCAUAGAAGAGAUUAACGCAGACUCUGAACUCCUUCCCAACAUAACUCUUGGCUUCCAGAUUUUUGACUCCUGCAUUACUUUACGGCGGGCAGCACAAGGAGCUCUAUGGAUAUUGUCAGGAGGGCCAACAAUCACCCCUAAUUAUAACUGCCACAAAGGGGCACCUCUUGCUGGUAUCAUUGGGGAUUGUGGAUCUACUCAAUCUAUACUUAUAGCCCAAAUUCUAGGGCUGUACCAGUACCCACAGAUCAGUUAUUUGUCAAGCCAUCCUAUUCUCAGUGAUCGGAAUUUGUUUCCUUCAUUUUUUCGCACCAUCCCCAGUGAUGACUUUCAGAUGAGAGGACUAGCCCAACUGAUAUCCUUUUUUGGUUGGUCUUGGCUGGGGAUCUUGGCCAAUGAUGAUGACUAUGGUCAAUAUGGAACUCAAAUGGCAAAGCAGGAGAUAAUGAAUGUUGGUGCUUGUGUAGCUUUUGCUGAAAAAAUCAUGAUUGGUCAGCCAAAUAGAAAUGCUCCUCACAUUGCCCAAGUCAUCAAAGACUCAACAGCAAAGGUUGUGGUUGUCAUAACCACUGAUCCUGACUUUAUGAUUAUUAUCCAAGAGCUUUUGAGACAAAAUGUCACUGGAAACAUUUGGGUAGCCAGUGAAGGUUGGUCAACUUCUGUUCUGCUCUCAGAGGAACUAUUCCGAGACAUGUUAUUAGGAACCAUUGGCUUUGCCAUUCAUGGUAGGCAAAUGCCAGAGUUUACUAACUACCUUAAUAGUCUUCAUCCAUCUAAAGAGCCUCAAGAUUUGUUUAUAAGACAGUUUUGGGAGAAAGCCUUCUCUUGUAAGUGGCUUAAUCAGAGCAACCUAUUGAAAACAGUUGGAAACACAACCAUACAUCCAUGUACAGGGAAUGAAAAGCUGGAGACAUCGAUGACAGAACAUAGAAUAUCUCUCAAUAUAUACACUGCUGCCUACACUUUUGCUAGGGCACUACAGAGUUUGCUUGAUUGUACUCCUGGAAAUGGACCUUUCUAUCAAGAUUCCUGUGCUAACAUCACUUCUUUUCACCCUUGGCAUCUGCUCCACUAUAUACAAAAUGUGAAGUUUCAAGCCAGAGAUGGAAGCCAAGUAUUUUUUGAUGCAAAAGGAAAUCCCCCAGUCAUCUAUGAUAUUGUGAACUGGCACCUGAGUACCAAGGGCACACUAAAGCAGAUUUUAGUUGGACAUUAUAAAUUUAAUGUCCCAGAUGAGAGAAAUCUGUCAAUAGACACAACCAGUAUUAUAUGGCCCAAUGACAACAAGCAGGUACCCAUUUCCAAGUGCACCCCAAGUUGUUCCUCAGGAUUUAGGAAGGUGACAGAACCAGGAAAGCCCAGUUGCUGCUAUGAGUGUGUCCGGUGUCCCCAGGGGCAGAUUUCAAAUCAAACAGAUGAUGUGGAAUGUCAGCCAUGUUCCUGGGACAUGUGGCCCAAUCUACAACAGGACAGAUGCUUAGCAAGAACUACUGAGUUCCUUUCCUAUGAAGAAUCUCUGGGCUACAGCUUAGCAAUCAUUGCGAUCUUCUCUUCUUUGGUUCCAAUGAUUAUUCUAGGAGUAUUUAUAUGUCACAAAAACACACCAGUUGUCCGAGCCAACAAUUAUUCCCUUAGCUGCCUUCUUCUGAUUUCCCUGUUCCUCUGUUUUCUUUGCUCUUUAGGUUUCAUUGGUUACCCACAACCUGAAAAGUGUCUUCUGCGCCAGGUGGCAUUUGGGACAGUUUUUGCUCUCUGCAUCUCCUGUAUUCUGGCCAAAACUAUCACUGUUGUUAUUGCCUUUAAUGCAACAAAGCCAGGCAGCAUAUUACGAAAAUGGACAGGAGUUAAGGUGUCCUACUAUAUCAUUGUGCUUUCUGCUAUUAUCCAGUUAUGUGUGUGCAUGUUAUGGUUGAUCUUCUCACCUCCCUUCUCUGAACUUGACAUGGAAGACCAACCUGGGAUCAUUAUAGCUAACUGCAAUGAAGGAUCACCUGCUGCUUUCUGGUGCAUGCUGGGAUAUCUUGGACUCUUGGCCACCAUCAGUUUCAUUGUUGCUUUCCUAGCCAGGCGACUCCCUGACAGUUUCAAUGAAGCCACAUUUAUCACAUUCAGUAUGUUGGCUUUCCUCAGUGUCUGGGUGUCCUUUAUCCCAGCCUAUCUCAGUGCACGGGGCAUGUAUACUGUGGCAAUGGAAGUCUUUGCUAUCUUGUCUUCCACCUGGGCUUUGGUGGUCUGUAUCUUUGUGCCAAAAUGUUUUGUAGUAUUAUUCCGACCUGUUAUGAACUCAAAAGAGUUUCUCAGGAGGAAAGACAGAGGUCAAAAUUAA